AGUUUUUGGCUCCAAAUAUUGACUAACGAGUUGAACAACGUCGUAUGUCCUGUAUUGGGUACCUUAGCUAGCUAAGUUAGCACUAUCAAGCGUUUGCCUAUUCCGCCUCUUUAUUCUAGGUACCAUAGUACCCAUACAGGCACAUCUUUGCUGGAGCAAUGUCUGCAGUCAGCAGCCUGGUCCCGGCUCGAUUCCUGACUCUCACUGCUCACCUCGUCAUCGUCAUCACCAUUUUCUGGUCACGGGAGAACAAUGUUGAAGCUUGCCUGCCUUUGGAUUUCACACAGGACCAAUACGACAAGGAGGACACCAAGUUGGUGGUAGCGUUGUCAGUCACCAUGGGUCUGUUUGCUAUAGAGCUGGCUGGCUUCUUCUCUGGUGUGUCUAUGUUCAACUGCACCCAGGGCCUCCUCUCGUUGGCUGUCCACUGCAGCGCGUCCGUCUCCCUGUCUUUCUUUGUCUUCCAGAGAUGGGAGUGUUGGACAUACUGGGUUAUUUUUGCCUUCUGCAGUGUUCUCCCUGCAUUUGUGGAGAUCCUACUCUUCAUCGCAGUGUUCGGACUGAAGAAGAAGCCAUUAUAACCGAGAGCAGUGUUUCACAUCAAUGUUCAGUCUGGAAUGUAGUGUCCAUCCUUCCCAGCACUUGUACACAGCUGUCCAAGUGUGUGACACAUUGUGACUGUUCAAUAGUGUCAAGGAGACAUAGUUGAUGUUAGUGAUGCUGGAUGGUGAUCGUAGUGAUAAAGACAACAGAGCUGGUUAAGAUGUGGGUGGUCUAAGCUGCAGCAUCCGAUACAGUGACAGCAUAGGUUCGAAUCUGGCCUUCUGACUUUUGACACAGCCUUUAUCUCUCCAUCAAUAGUCAGAUUAUUUUAUUUAUUUAUUUUAAGCUGUGGUGUGUGUUUCAGGAUUGUGGGCGUUGUAGAUGGAAUCUGUAUGUACCAAGGCAGAGAGGACGAUUUCUAAAAACUCCAGCGUAUUGAUCCUAAUUGCUAAGCUGAAUGUAUAGACACAAGUAACCAUCUUUCUCUUCACCAUGCUAAAUGGUCCUGUGUGCCUUAUGAUUUUAGUACCACCUUUCUAAAACGUUUACCUAAAAAAUAUGUUUUAUCAAGCUGAAGCUAUACCAUUCCUUCCUCCCUUUUAAUAUGCUUUUUACAUGAAUCUAAAAUGUGGUGAUAUCUGAUGGUUGCUACACUUCUAUAUGUCAAAGUGUUAUUCUUUUCUUUUUUUUACCAUUAAAGUAUUUUACCUGUGUAA